GUAUGGUGCUUUAUUUACAUAGGGUCAUUAAUUUUUCAAACAUAAAACUUAUCCGGAUUACAAUUUCUGUCUCAGGCUUGGACCUGCUCCUGUUUGUAAAAUAAAUAUACUAAUUUUGUUUAGUUAAAGCGUUAGCCUUAUAUAGAAUAUAGAUUUCAAAAACGCGUUUUGUUUACAUAAUUGAUAGCGUAUAAAGUGUACAAAUACAUUCUUUGGAGACAAAGUUUGUUAUAGUUGCAAAAAUGCUUAACUCGCGAUAGAGCCAAAAGAUUUUGGCGUGGAGCCUUAGAUGGAUAAACUCACCAUUAAAAUAAUGCAGUAUGGCGACCACGGAAGACGUGGAUGAGGACGCGGUGCUUUGUGGCGUCUGUAACAGCGAAUUCGACGAUCGGCAGCGGACCCCGCAGUUGCUGCCCUGCCUCCAUACGCUCUGCCGCGACUGCGCACUGAAUGCUGCCAAGGGCUCUCUUCUCACCUGUGGUCUGUGUCAGGAGGUCCAUACGAUAGGCGCAGACCUUGCUCUGCUGACCGACAGCACGAUGAAAAACAUGGUGGACGUCGUCCGCAUCCAGCGGAAGUCGGGUAGUAUCCUCUGCUCCGACUGUCCAGAUAACAACAAAGGGGAAAAGUUCUGUAGGGACUGUUACGUGUUUCUGUGUAGCGAAUGCACCAGCGCACACAAGCGGACGCAGCUUACACGAAAGCACGCGGUUCUGUCUAUUGAGGAGCUGAAGACUUCCGGUAUCGACAGUUUCUCUCGGAAGGAGAUGUGCCAGAUGGAAGGUCACGGGGAUCAGCCAUUUUCGUACUUCUGUGAUAAUCCUGAGUGUCAAAAGCCUGUUUGCACACAGUGUGUGCUUGGGGACCAUAGCCAAGCCGGGGGCCACGUUAUUAGAAAUCUUGGCGAAGUUUAUGAAGAGAACAAGAUCCACGUUGAAAGGCUGGUUGGUGAGGUGUUGAGCAAACUAUCGGUGAUAAGUUCUGAUGCCAAGCAACAAGAAAACGAAUCAAAAGUUAUUGACGAAAAAGAAGCCAAAGUUACGGCUGAGGUAGAUAGUGUGUUUGACGAAUUAGAGGCUAUUUUGAAGAAAAGAAGGGCGCAGUUAAAGGAACGAGUUAGUGUUAUUUGUCAGGAGCGAAAGAGUUCGUUAGACUCUGAGUUGUCAAAGUUGAAAAAGAACAAAACGGAGAUGGAAAAUGCGUGUAACUAUUCUUCCCGGAUGUUAGUCUUUACGAACAAACCAGAGUUUCUUAAUCUGUUUCCUACCGUGACGUCACGCCUAUCGUCAUUAUUGAACGCCGUUCAUGACGUCACUUCACAAGAUAAAUUCGAGCUUACGUUCGAAACCGGCCCAGAUCGAGCCAAACUUGAAGAGAUCUGUACAGACGUGGGAGAAAUCCGCACAAACGUAUAUGGAGGACCGGAUGGUACUCCGUCUCACCCUGUGCGCAUCAACGGAACAGUCGACGUCGAAGAGACGUUCGUUUUGCCGUACAAAGGGCCACCCAUUCAUCCACCAGGAACUUUUACUCUUGGUCGUCAUGGUACACCGGAUAGGGCGGUUAAGGAGGUCCGUUUACCAAAAGUAGAACCGCUCAAUUUUGAUAGCAUAACAAAGGACCAGAACUCUUACAAAAUGCCAACAAAAACGGGCCUGAAGAGCACACCUUCACCGGAAGCGGAAACCGUUCUAGGGCGACCCCUGGCUCUCCGGUCCCCCGUUAUAGCGCCGGCGCACAAAUCCACAUCCCUCGGGGACUUUUUAAAUGUGCUGCAUCAUCAAACGCGGGAAAUAAUUGAAGAAAAAAAAUCUCAAUGGAUGUUAGAAGCACAAGACAAUAUCGAUCGCGAGCAAGAACGCCAUCUCCCGAAGGCUCCAAAUUCUCCCCAAAUUACGUCUUCUGUCAGAAGCGGACCAACAACCUCACCGUCACUUCCUAGCCGCGGCCCUCUGUCCCUAAAUCAGACGUUGCCCUCCUCCUUCGGGAGCGGAAGUUCGUACGUUUCCAAGGGAUACGAUAACUCACCACCAUCUCGUGAUGUGACGUCACCAUUGACGUCAUCAAGCAAAUAUGGAGGAUCCUAUCUGCAUAACGGUCCCGAGAAGGUCCCGAUGAUGAGUAACUGUAGUACGAGCCCUUUACGUAGAAUAGCAAACAGACCACGUGACCCGACCAUCCCACGACUGGAUCUGUCCACGGUAGCCCCCAUUACCUCGACCCUUGCCCGAGGGGAUAUAAAGGGCGUCACCCGACCAGGGAACAUCUCACCUGAUCGCCGUCCCGAUGUGCCGGCAUCGGAGCUUCAAGAAGCGUCGGAACGUCAAAACAGGAGCGUCACUAGCACGAAUGGGACUUCUCUCAGUAGGCCGAAACUUGGAGUCACGUGGAAAGACGGUGGGCGGACGGGGGAGGCGGGUCGACUGACGAACUUCUCGGAGAACAAACCAACAACCCUCGGAAUAGCAUCCAAACUGACAGAGAGCUCAUACCCGGAUGUGAAAGCGCCGUCGCCCCGAAAACAACAAUCUCCUGGGGAUAGACCAGUCGUGUUUGGUGACAUUUCCUGCCCAGACUUCCAGAUGGACCCUAACUCCGCCCACCACGAGCGGGAGGUGACGUCAGACGGACGAACGCUCCGUAACAAGAAGACGGACAUCUUCGGAGGCGGACCGGAUCUUGACAACAGCCUGGUCCAAUAUAAAGGUGCCAUAGGAACCCUUGGCGUCAAGGAGCAGGGCAAAGUCUACUGGGAACUGGAUGUCGUAUAUAAUAUUCAGCAACCGCUCGAGGAAACAUGGCUGGUUUUUGAAAUCGGCCUCUGUCGAUUGGAUGACAUCGACAUGCAUCAUACCGUUGAACGUCAUGAGCACGCGCGAUCUUUUUACGUAGCGCGGUACCCGGAAACCGGUAAAUUGACCCAGGAGUUCUGGCAUAACCGGGAAUUACUGGAGUUUAGUCCUCUGUCUGACAACAGCCCGGGAAUCGAGGUACGGAUUACGUACGGGCUUUUUGUGGAUACCCGGAAACGGAAGUGGGUUAUCGUGGACUGUAAUAACAAUAAGGUGCUUCACAGUUUUGAUAUGCUGGACUUUUCAGAAGCACUGUACCCGGUGUUUGGUUGUUAUAACCCAGACCUUUGCACAGUCGAGAUGACCUUGAAAACCGGAAAUGAGAUCACAAUUGUGCCACAGUGUCUUAAAAGUCCUGGAUUUCGAUCGCCUUGAUAUACGUCUUUUAUUACAUUUUUAAGUACACUUUAAGUAAACAUCGUAUAUUAAUGUUUCCAACUUUUCAUUCCUUUUAGUAUCUAUGGAAAUAUCCGUGAUUCUUAAAAGGCUUAAUACGAACUGCAGAACAUGACGCAGCUUAGUCAUUAGUGUAUACAUGCACUUAUUUGCGGACAAUAGAUGACUAUUUUUACCUGUUGAUGUUUUUGAACGUUUGAUCACUGACUAAAUUAAGAACGAAUUGACUGACAAAGUAUAUUUCAACGGUUUUAUAAGUAAACGAAAUUAACAAAAAGUUUGAAGGAAUGGUGAGAUUCGAAUGGCUGGUUUUGUCCAGAGCUUCAUGUAGCAGAAAAAUUGUAAAUAGUUGAAAUGUUUCCAAGGCUAAUGUCUUUUUUGAGGUAAUUGAACCGGAAGCGUGCUGUGACAAAAUAGCUUGAAUAAAACUUGAUUCGUUUUACAGAAAAAACAAGGACUCAAAGCCUCGUUUGGGCUUCGCGUACACUUCCGGUUAAUCAAUUGAAAUACAGAAAAGAACAGAACAAAACAUUUAGUUUUAACUUGAACAUACUUACUACCUUACAGUUAGAGCGAACAACAAAGACGUCUAAGUAUGUGUUUCAUGUUGAUCAUCAUAUGAGGAUCAUGUUGAUCUAUGUGUGUUAAAUGUUAAUCUAUGUUUGUUUUUAUGUUGAUCUAUAUAUAGAUGUUUGUGUUUUGAGUUGAUCUAAGUACGUUCUUUCUGUGGUAAUGCACUUGUUAUUUUUUCACGCAAAUGUAUUUGAAUCAUGAUUUUUGUAGAGUGUAUUUUGCAUUCAAAUUGCAGACACUUUAUACAGACAUUUGAUUAAUUACAUUUUCGUUAUCGCUAGUUGACUUUUUGCCCUUUACAUUUAUUUGCAGAGAUAUUUAUAAUAGUUAAUGUAUUCCGUCCAUUUAAGAAAUGUUUCAGUAUUGACAUUUUUUAAAGCUUAAACUUGAAUAUAUACAAGUUAAAUUA